AUGCUCACCGAAACCCGGCGUGAUGUUGAGAAUUUAAUGAAUCGGAUUUCUGGAUUUCGCCAGUUGCUAAUUGUUUGCACUCUAGUGAACAAUUUUAUUCAUAUUAAUUAACACUAUGAUUCUUUGAAUAAAAGUGCUUUCGGGUAUUUAGUGGCCAAACAUUUGUGAAUCUUUCCAUUUACGUAAAUCCAUUGAAUAAAUAGUGUUAAUUUAUAUAAUUCAUUCAUUGAAAUUGAUCUACAUUAUUAUGUCGAAUAUGAAACCCGACGCUAAAGCAAACAUUAGUAUGGUUUUCAAUGAGAAAAACAUCAAAACUUCAAAAUUAGAAAAUGAACCGGCCACAUUUGAAGAAGCAAUUACAGCAACAACAUUUGGCAAAUUUAAUAUCAUAUUAUUUCUCAUCGUGAUUCCAACCGUGUUUGCGACCAUGUUUGAAACGACAGCGAUUGCGUAUGUUGUUCCAGUAGCACAAUGCGAUUUAAAUUUGAAUUUGGAAGAUAAAGGAUAUUUAAUUUCUGCAACUUACUUAGGAAUGGUUUUAAGCGCAAUGGUAUGGGGUUUUCUGUCAGAUACGUUGGGACGUAGAAGGGUAAUCAUCCUUGGACUAUUCUUAAAUGGUAUUUUUGUUACUAUGGGUGGGCUUGCUCAGAGUUUUGGUGUUUUAAUAUUUGCGAAAUUCAUGGGAGGUUUUAUUAUUAAUGGUCCUUAUGCUAUUGCGACAACAAUUAUCUCUGAAUAUCACUGUGCGAGACAUCGCGCCAAAGCAAUUCUAUGCAUUGGAAUGAUUUUCUGUGCAGCCAAUAUUGUAUUACCACUAAUGUCGCUUGGAAUCUUCUCGGCACCAAUAGAUUUUAACAUUCUUGGAUUAAAAAUUCAUUCAUGGAACAUAUUAAUAUUGAUAACAGCACUUCCCAGUUACAUAAGCUUCAUUGGUUUUUACAUUUUUAUACCUGAAACGCCCAAAUUUCUGAUGACAAGCGGAUGCAAUGAGGAAGCCCUGAGGGUAUUUAAAAAAGUGUAUGCAUGGAACACUGGUAACCAUCCCGACACAUUCCCAAUCAAAGCCCUUGUGGACGAGAACAAGUUGUCGGAGCACGUUGUCUCCAGUGAUAAGCUGGAGGCGUUCAAAAAUGGCUUCGCGCAAAUGAAGCCUUUGUUCAUGAAACCACAUUUGUCAAAAAUUGUAUUUGUAUGCACCUUGAAAUUGGGCACGUUAAUGGGAUUGAAUAGUUUGCGGUUAUGGCUUCCACAAUUAUUCGCUUUUAUUAAUGACUACAUGUAUAAACACAACGUGGAUGCGGAUAUCUGUGUGAUUUUGGAAGAAAACAUCUAUAAAAACAGUUCAUUGGCUAAUACAUUAGAAGAAAGCCGUAUGUCACUACGAAUUGACGAGGAAGCAGCUAUUGACUGCACAGUGAACUAUAGUAACAGUUUUGUUUACUAUAACUUAAUGGUCAUCUCAGUGGGAACAAUUGCGGGUUAUUUGUUCGUUGGCACGCUGAUUAACCUUCUUGGAAAGAAAGUUCUUUAUGUGACUUUGGGAGUUAUUUCCGGUGUAUCCGCAAUGUCUCUGUAUUUCGCACCGAAUUCAUACGCAGUGACGGCUUUAUCCACUUCAUGUUUAGCAUUAUCUGGCAUUAACUCCAAUGUGCUAAUGUCGAUUAUCAUCGACCUAUUUCCGACCACAUUAAGGACGACGGCCGUGGCACUUGCGCUAAUGAUUGCACGCUUGGGCUCGAUGGUCGGCAAUCUCAUCUUUCCGUACUUAAUCAACGCUGGAUGCUGGCAGCCGUUUCUCUACGUUGGUUCCACUACAUUUAUGUGUGCCUUAAUGGCCAUUAUGCUGCCUCGUACCGAUAUGAAGGCAUAUGGGCCCGCCGACUUUGAGACCGCCAUCGCCGCCACCGGCCUCGGCAAGUUCAAUCUGCUCAUGCUCCUCAUCUCCAUUCCAUCCGGAUGGGCCUCCGUGUUUGACACUAAGACCAUGAGCUAUGUAGCGCCAGUCGCACAGUGUGAUCUUGAGCUGAGUCUUGAGGACAAAGGAUUGUUAAAUGCCAUCACCUACAUAGGUAUUUUAUCCUCUGGAUUUAUUUGGGGAUUCUUGGCAGACACAUACGGCCGCAAAAGACUUUUAGUUCUUUGUUAUUUGUUGGAUACUGUAUUUAUCUUCUUGGCUGGCAUCUCACAAAACUUUACAAUGCUCUUAGUCACAAAAUACUUAGCUGGUUUUGUAAUGAAUGGACCAAACGCAAUUUUGAUUUCUUUACUCUCAGAGUUUCAUAGCAAGAAGCAUCGUGCGCGUUUCUUUCUCUUGCAGGGAUUAUUUAGUAAUCUAGCUAAUAUAAUACUACCGAUGAUGGCUUGGGUUAUAUUCCAGGAUUAUGUACGUCUGGAGUUUUACAACGGACUGAAACUGAACUCUUGGAAUAUUUAUAUUCUGGUGUGUGCUUUGCCGAGUCUGAUUAGUGGUUUAGCUAAUUUGGCGUUACCAGAGAGUCCGAAGUUUUUGAUGUCAGUUGGCAAAAAUGAGGAAGCUAUGGCUGUAUUUAAAACUGUAUAUAGUUGGAAUAGUGGAAAAGAUCCAGAUACGUAUCCUAUUAAAUCAUUGAUUGAUGAAACUCGCGAUCCAAAUGAAGGCAACAAUAACGGCAGUCCAUCAAAAGCGGCAAAAAAAGAAAGUUGGAAAUCAAAAUUGAAGAAUAUCUUGGAUCUUUUUUGUCCCCCACAUGUUUUUAUCAUCAUAUUUUUAAGCGCCGUACAAAUGGGAUACAAAAUGGGGUUAAACUCUUUGAAAAACUGGGUUCCUCAAUUAUUCGCCGCCAUGAAUGAUUACCAUACUUCCCACAACACUUCCACUGUAGAUUUCUGCGAUGUGCUUGAAACAAUGACACACCAACAUCGUAACAUUAGUACACAUUGCACAGUGAACUAUGACCACGACAAUGUUUACACGAAUCUCAUCAUAGUGCAAUCCGCCUCAGUUAUCAGUUUCCUACUUACCGGAUGGGUGAUCAACCGUUUAGGCAACCGUAAUCUGUUUAUCAUCUACGGUGCUGUUUCCGGUAUCGCAGGCGGUGCAAUCUACUUCGCCAAAGAUGUCGUUACCGUUGUGACACUCACCACAAUUUUAACGGCCAUCUCUGCGGUAAACACAGUAGUGCUCAAUGUUUCUGUAACAGAACUGUUGCCGACGCGUUUGUGCACAAUGGCUAUCUCUCUAACGCGCCUUACAGGUCUCGCAGAGACAAUUAUUGGAAACAUAAUAUUCCCGCAUCUGCUGAAAGCCGGAUGUGAGCAACCGUUUAUUUUUGUUAGUGUUAUUUCCAUUGGGUGUUCGUUCCUAGCGCUAUUCUUGCCGAAAGAGAGAGUUCAGUAAUUUGCCAAUCGCGAAGUGUUUUUAAAACUUUUGAUCGAUUUUACGAUUAGGGGCAAAUUUUAUGAACAUUUUUUACGUAUCGUGUGUUUAUUUUUAAAUUUAGAUCGUAAGCGAUUGUGAUAUUAAUUAAAGAUUUCUUAUGCAAAGAAAUCAAUAAUCGUUAUAAACUGUUGUUACAACUGCAUCAUAUAAAUUAUUACAAACUUUAAAAUUUUAUAACAUUAGAAGAUGAAUAAAGGAAUGAGCUAUUAUUGUAUUAAAA